AUGAAGACCGAACCGCCCGAAGAAAAACCUCCACGGUUUGAAAUUCCGGACGAAUAUCCCGGCCCUUCUCAAACACCUCCACCACCGGUACCGAAGAAGCCCAAUUCCGGAAAGAAUAAGGAACCGCUACCCCCGGAGUUUCCCCUGCGCCAGAAUCCGAAGCGCAAAAACAAAGGGGUAAAGGUCAUCAAGCCCUUCACGCCAACGAGCCGAGAGCUAACGAUUACCGAAAAGAUUGAGCUUAAGCUUAGAACCGAAAGACAGAGUAAAACGCAUUAUCGUCGACGCAGGCACGACUACAACGAAAAAAAGACCUGGAGGUACAAAUUGAGAUGCGAAGAGCCCGGUUUCGUCCCGCCCACGCCAAAAGCCAAUGACUGUCAGCCCGAACUGGAUGGCGAACUGAUGGAAAUCGAGGAGCAACCAAACCCCGAGGAUUUCGACGAUGCCUCCAUGAAGUCGCAAAACGAACCCUCGAGGGAAAUUGUCGAUUCUUUGGAGCAGCCACAGCCGGCUGAUGCGGAAAGUAGGAAGAGCUUGCUGAAAAGUGCUCAAGAAAUCUCGGAUGCUCGGAGUCUGAAAGAGAGACUAGCGGCAGAAGCUGCGGCCGAAAUGGACGAGCUCGAGAGGGAAUUGCUGAAAAAGGCCCAAGAAGAGGUCGUGGAAUCUGGGGAUGAAGACCAACCCGGCCCGUCUACGAGCAAGUCGCCGUCUGUUGGAGCUGUAGAUGCGGAAAAGACGCCAAGGUGCCGAGUCGGGGAGAAUGAAACGGUCAAGCAAUAUGCUGCUCGAUUGACAAAAUACCGACAGCGAAACCGGCAACGAAUGGCCCGCGCCCAAGCUCGAGAGGCCGAGGAGAGAGCUGAAGCUGAAGCGGCUGCAGUCAUGCUCGAUGAAGCCUCUUACAGGGCCCGGGUCAAGGCUCGUAAAGCCGAGAAGAGAGCCCAAGCCGAGGCGGCCGCAGUCAGACUCGAUUCUGACAAGCUGAGGGAAGCUCUGAAAGAUGAGGGUUUUUUCGACUUCCUCGACCCUCUAACGCCUUUGCGGAAGGUUAAAAGCGAACCAAGCAAACAUUUCGUCAAAGUCUCGCUCAGCCGGCGAGAAAUUGAAGACUGUUUCGUCGGGACGAGGGAGAAGAAAGUGUUUGCAACGAUUGAAAUUACGCCAACGGAAAUUGAAACGCCACCGGCGAAACCUCGAAAUCGCACCCAGCUAUUCCUAGAAGCCCAGCGAAGGAAGCAGGCAAAAUCUCUGGGAGUUCAAAGUAGCGAAACGAGUGGCUGGACGCAAAUGGACGUCCUGAAAAUACCGGGCGAUCAUCUACCGCCAACCGACGAUCCACCGUCCGUCACCGGGGUGUUCAAACACCUCGACGACGACUAUUGCGAUGAGCUGAUACGCAAUGUGAUGGAGAAGACGAAAAAGGUGCAGUGGCCACCGCGGAAGAAGAGCGAUAAAAAUCUAUCUAUGGCAAGUCGCCAGCCACCGGCGGAAAUAGCCGACGAUUUCGUGAUGUGGGCCAACCCUGCUGAGGAUGAGGUCGAGUGUGACGACGAUGGAGAAACCGGGAUUCCGGAGAUCGAAAAACGCUCGGAAAUGAAACCCCCGAAACAUGAGAAUCCGGCUGGUGACCUUGAUGAUGAUGACGGGCUGGUGUACGAGGAC